UGUCAAAGGUCGAAGGGAUUAAAGCAUGCGGGGAAGCCGGCUCGAGAGGUUCCAGCAUGCGCGCGCUGCAGCGCUGCGGAUCGGAAAGCCAAGUGGCAGGACGCGCGAGCGCUCAGAGAAGCUGUGGAUUGCGCUGCGGAACGUGACCCACAUGCGAUCGUUUGCCAUGAGUGCGACCUGACAGCAGAAUGGGGGCUCCGGGGAAGCAAAAAUGGAGGCAACAUCCGGUACUACUGCGAGCUGCACGGCCCAACAAAGGGUUGUUUUCAUAUCGACAGGGACCGAGCAGGUAAGAGAAUUCCUGCAGCUCUGGACUGA